AUGGCUCCCCGAGCUGGUUCUUCUGCCAACCACAACACCACGGCGCUGCACCUCCCCAUUGCAACGCCUCUGCAGCCGACGACGACAACGGCGACAACGACCAACGACUUUAGCAGCCCCAGCACCAACAAGAGGCCGCUGACAGUCGAAGACGACGGCGAGUUUUUCGAAAACGGCCAGCGAGCGUCUCCUUCAGAACGCGGGUUCCCGAUUGAGGCGCAGAUACACCACGAUAGCUACGGACAGCCGCAGCAGCAAGACCAAGACUGGUCGCUGAUAGACUUCCAGUUGGGAGCGCAGCAGCUCCAAGAAAUUCAGUCGUUCGACUCGCAGUACGACAACUUUCAAGACGGGACGGGACCUUUACCGUUUGACCCAUCGGCCGUCCACGACCUGCUGCCGCCACGAGAAGAGUUGCAAGAGGGGCAGCAGUUCGACCUCGGCCUGCUUAGCACCUUCAUCCAACACCAUCAGCAACAGCAGCAAGAACUGGCACCUGUAAGUCAAACGCUGCAAUACGACCCCGACACCGCCUUCUACGGUGUUCAUCUACCUACUUCACCCAGCGUUGCCCAUCACCAGAGUGUCUUGCAGCAGCCUGCUCAACAGCUAUUUCCCACACCUCCCCCUCCUCCUCCGCCUCGUCCUCUCACGACCGUCACUCCUCCCCAACCGCGGCAGCAGCUCUCACCAGUCCGACAGUCCGUCUAUACCAACCGGCACUGUUCAUGGCCCGUCAUGGCGAGCACAGCUGCCGCCACUACCGCCUCCGUCCCCGUCGUCACCUCCUUUGCCGCCGCAGCUGCCGCCUCCUCCUCGUCAGCCUACCCGCUGCGACAGCAGCAUCCGCCGCCGCCGGCGCCAGCCCCCUCGCUCAACAGCAUGCGUGUCGGCGGCUUCGCCCUCGAGGAAGCCGGCAUCAAGCUGCCCGAGGACCUCGGCCCCGAGGAGCGCCAGCGACGCCUGUGUCUCCUCGCGCAGGAGCUGCACUACGAGGCGCUGCAUCCGCCGAUCCUGCCGUCCUCCCAAGUGCCGGACCUGCCCGAGAAGCCGCCUCCCAUGCUGCUGCCCAGUUUGAACCCGGGCAUGUCGCCGGAGGAGCGCCAAUUUGUGACUUCCGAGAUUCGACGGGUCGGCGCCGCGCAGAAGGCGCUCGACAAGGAGCGCAACAACAUGGCGGCGAAAAAGUCAAGGAUGCUGCGCCUCGAGUCUCUCGAGAACACACGGCUGCAGCUCAACGCCAAGGCGGCCGAGUGCGCGUGGCUGCGCCUGCAGAUGGUGGCGCUCUCAGGCCACGCCCUCGGGCGCAACCCGAGUGAAGCCUGGGGCGGCUUUGACUACGUCUACCGAAGGAGGAAGCGCAAGCGCAACGCGCCGCCGACGACGAGGGACGAGCAGGGCCGCGAGGUGCAGCUGGUGCUCGGCAACGAGGUCGUGGAAGACGCAGUGGGGGAGGGAGAGGAGGAGGAAGAGGAAGAAGAGGUGGAAGAUGCCGAGGUCUACGCGGAGAGCGGGGUGGUGCCGAGACGCAUUAAGCUCGGCAUCACGGAGGAGGUGAGGGCGCGCGUCGAGGCGCACAAGAUGGGCUUCGAGGAGGUGCAGAAGCGCAAGACGAGCGAGAGCAGGACGGCUCGGACGGCGACGAAGGCAGCGCGCGAGCAGGCGCAGGCCUUGCUCGACGCCGACGUGGAGAGGAGGCAGCCGCGUCGGGGGUCGAGAGGCAGCAGGCGGUGA